AUGCAGUUUUCGAUCUUCUACCAGAUCCUUGCUGCCCUCGCACUGGUCCAAGUCGCGGUUGCGGCCGGAUGUACAUCAUCUAGUCAAUGUGGACAUCCCUUCAAAUGCUUGGUCUGUCCAGGAGGAGGCACAUGCACGUCCGGUAGCGAGUGCAGGAACACUGCAGGUUGCUCCUGCCCUCCUUGA